AUAGUUGACUUCUGUUGCGGAGCUAAUGAUUUCAGUUGUCUCAUGAAGAAGAAGCUUGAUGAGACAGGAAAGAAGAAGUGCUCAUACAAAAACUAUGAUAUUUUACAACCAAAGAAUGACUUUAACUUUGAGGAGAGGGAUUGGAUGAGUGUCAAACUGAAAGAAUUGCCACCAGGGUCACAAUUGAUCAUGGGGCUAAAUCCCCCUUUUGGAGUAAAUGCUGCCCUUGCAAAUAAGUUCAUUGAUAAGGCUCUCGAGUUUAAGCCAAAGCUCCUUAUCCUAAUUGUUCCUAAAGAGACAGAGAGGUUGGAUAAAAAGGGUUAUGAUCUGAUCUGGGAGAAUAAUGAGUUGCUUGCUGGCAAGUCAUUUUAUUUACCUGGUUCUGUUGACAUAAAUGACAACCAAUUAGAGGAUUGGAAUGUGAGUACACCACCGCUCUACCUUUGGAGUCACCCCGAUUGGACCGCUAAACACAAGGCAAUUGCUCAACGGCAGGGACACUUGGCCAGGGAACAAAAACAGUCCCAUUUAGAAGUUCAUGACAAACCACUGGUCCCUGAUCAUCCAAUGAAGGAUCAUGAACCUAAUGGCCAAACUUCGGUGGCAUUGGAUGAUCAUCCUGUUCAAAAUGAAGUGCAUGAACAGCUCCAAGAAAGACAAGCAAGUGUGUCUGAAAGUCAUAAAGAAGGCCUCCCUCGUGGUAAUGGUGGUAGAGAAGUACAUGAACAGAUCCAAGAAAGACGAGCAAGUGUGUCUGAAAGUCAUAAAGAAGACCUCCCUCGUGGUAAUGGUGGCAGAGAAGUCCACGAGAAUCGUAACCAUGGGCAAAAUCGAUUCAAUCGGGAUUCAAAGAAGAAGAAGAAGAAGCAUGGUGGUAAAAAGAACGGGAAAGGAUUUGGCCAGACACCACAGAAAACCAAAGAGAGAGGACGAAGUUCUCCUGCAAGCAAGAUGUAUGACAGAGUACCCCGAUGUUCCCCACCCAAUUCAUCCAGACCUCUAGAGGUUCUCAAGGAAGGUGAUCGACAUUUUGAUCAGAGUGUAGAUGGGUCACGAUCACACUAUCGAACAGGAUAUGAGGGGUCUCCUGCUGACGACAUUGCAAGACGAUAUGGAUUGAACAGUGAGGGGCCUUAUUCAGGUCCUGGACCUGAUUAUGGGGUCCGAAACCCAGAGGGACAGUUUGGAGGCUACCAGAGGGAGAGCACAGAGAGCCGUGUUUAUAGACCUUAUGUCAGUGGGAUAGAAGAUACCUAUGCAAGAGAGUCAGCAAUGAGAUCACAGGCUGGACUCUAUGGGCAACAAGGUCCCAAUACGUUUGGUCAAAGAAGCGGCUUUUUGGCAGGUCAGGAUCCUGGGUUUUCUUCUUACAGCUAUCUGGGUUCAGCGCAGACCCAUCUUACAAUAGGAUGAGCACCACAUCUACAAUGGAGCGAUAUGCUCCACGUCUUGAUGAGAUGAACCAUACAAGGAUGAACACCUUGGCGGGUGAGCCACCAAGAAAUGGCAUCGCUGAUCCCCUUGCUCAACAACGUGGAUAUCGAGUCGACACACUGGGACUGGGUUUUGUUCCUGGUCCAUAUCGCCCGUCCUCGCAACAUAACACGUCUGGCUGGCUGAAUGAGUAGGUAGUUUGACAUUUUUCUUUUACUGUUUUUUGCUUUAUCAAUCAAAAUUCUUCCAUGGGAUGUUUAGAAGUUGGCUGAUUUUUUAGGCUGGGCUAUAUAAUUAGGACUACCUUUUGAAUGUACGACUUUCAGUCGCAUAUUUAGGUGUGUUUAUUUAAGUAAAAAAAAUUAAAUAUUAAAUUAAAUACUGAAAUGGGAAAUCUGAUGGUUCUAUUUUUUUGAUUUUA